ACGCCCAUGCCCCAGAGGAUACAUCCUUCAAAAGUGAGGACUUUUCUUCAAAUAGGCAUUCUUUGUCUUCAGAUGCUGGAGCCUUUAUUUCUGGCAGUCAGACUAGCCAUCAGAAGCAUACCCCUGCUUUGCAACAAUCUGUCUCUCGUCAGGCAUCUAAACUCCUGAACCACAUGGGCAAGCAUUUAGACAACAGUGAAUUUCAUACAGUUUUUCCUGAAUCUCAAAGGGCAAAACAUCCUGAGAGCUUAGACCCCAUCCCGAGGCAGAAAGUAAUUAACCUGACGCCAAAUACAUCUUCUGCUGUUCGAAUUGGAAACCCUUCUGCUUCGUUCCCCACCACUCAGUCUGUUGUUCUGAAACCCAGCAGUACUACUAUUACUCCUCUGCCUACAAGUACCACCCAACUGGAAUCUUCUAAAACCUCUCUCCUUACUGGUGGUGCUACACCUACUACUAUCACCACCACCACUACCACCACAGCUCCCUUUCCGCCUUCCGCGACUGCUAGAGCUAAACCUGGUAUCCCUGCUGCCACCACAACUUCUGCUUCUACUUCCACAACCAAGCAGGUGACCACAAAAUCCAGAUCUGCUACCACCCCGUCAUGGCUAAGAACUCCAGCCGUCUCUCCUGCGCCCACAGUUGUCUCUUCCAAGGAUACCAGCCGUGUUACCUUCCCCUCUUUUUCAAGUUUUGCUCUGGAUACUAGUGAUUCCCCCACAGCUUCCCAAAAGGGACAUCAGGGUUAUGAGCCAUUUGAUUCAGCAAGCUACCUGCCAGAAAGAGUUCAGAGAGAGAAAGAUGUCAUUCAACAAGGAGAAAAAACUAACCUUCUAGUGGAUUUGAUUUUUGGGGUGAUAUUGUUGUUGAUAGUUACUGCACUGAUGGGAAAGAGAAUACAGAAAUGUCUUCAGAAGAAGCAUUAUACCCACAUGGAUUACUUCAUCAAUGGAAUGUACACUGAUGUUUGA